GCGCUGUACCUAUUUUCCGUAACAAACCUCUCGCUGUAGUUGGUGGCGGUGAUUCUGCUGCCGAAGAAUCUCUGUUUCUUACAAAAUAUGCGUCUCACGUUUACGUAUUGGUUCGUCGAGAUAAACUUCGUGCUUCUAAAGUUAUGGCAAAUCGAUUGCUCACCAAUCCAAAAAUUACUGUUUUAUGGAAUACCGAAGUUAUUGAAUGUAAAGGCAAUGGAGAAUUACUUAAUAGUUUGGUGAUCAAGAAUAACCAAACUAAAGAAAUAAAGGAACUAUCUGUAAAUGGUUUAUUCUUUGCUAUUGGCCAUGCGCCAGCUACCGAUUUAGUUAAAGGAAAAUUGGAUUUAGAUGAGGAUGGUUAUAUUCUCACUAAACCAGAUAGUACUUGUACAAAUAUAGAAGGUGUUUUUGCUGCAGGUGAUGUUAAAGACAAAAAAUAUAGGCAAGCUAUUACAAGUGCUGGAUCUGGAUGUAUGGCUGCAUUGGAAUGCGAACGUUGGUUAAGCGAACAUUUUGCUGAAUAA